ACUCUACAGGUAGAGUCAGUGAAAGCUGGCAGAGUCCCCCGCGCACUAAAAGGAGCACUGAAUCUCCAGCAAGGUCAACAAUAAUUAGAUUUCUUGUUCGCACGCAGAUUAGUCUCCCCAGAAAUAAUUGACGUAUCAACUUACUCCAAGGGCCUUACCAAGGACCUUGCUUGGAUUUCAAUCGGCGGACAAGUUACGGAGAAACAUCACGCUCCGAGCAACUAAGGCAGGGCAGCAUGGCAGAGAGCGAUUGGAGAAGCUCACUCACCGCUACACAGAGAUAUGAUAACAUCCAAAAUCUAAUGCGAGUGCUAGCGGCUGCCGGUAUCACUCAAAGUGCAUUCGAGAUUGAAAAUGAAGCAUACAAGACUGCGGCUAACAGGGAAGAGUAUGACGCAGCGUGCAACCCGCCUGUUUCCAAGGCCGAAGACCCGGAGUCCCCAGUAUCUCAACCAGACUCAGCUGUUGUUGAGCAUGCCGGCCGAGAGUCCUUACCCGGGAUCACCAUUGGUAACUAUCCUAACUGCCACUACAUUGCCAGCGGCGUCACAUCCGAGGUCUACCGUGCCGACGUCCACGCCCUCAAGGUCGUCGUCGAAACACACAACAUCGAGCCUCACAAUCCGCACCGCGAAGCCAAGAUCCUCUCCUCCCUCAGGGAUCCAGACGCCCGCUCCUCUCUCAGGGAUCCAAACCCCCCCCACAUCAUCCCGCUUCUCGAAACAUUCCGUGACCCGAAAACCCAGAAUUUCGUCCUCGUCUUUCCAUACGCGCCUUUUACCCUCGCCAGUCUCCUCUCCACCCACCGCCCCGCUUCGUCACCCCUACCAGACGCCGUCACCCGCACAAUCUUUACCGGCCUCUUCCGCGCCCUGAGCCACUUGCACAGCCGGUGCAUCAUCCACCGCGACAUCAAGCCCUCCGCCCUCCUCCUCACCACCCCGACGCCGACCGACCCCUCGCAGGUCUACCUCUCCGACUUCAGCACGGCCUGGCACCCGACCUUUUCCCCGGGGGACAACAACACCGAGCCGGCGCACCACAAGAUCCUCGACGUCGGCACGGGGCCCUACCGCGCCCCGGAGACCCUCUUCGGCAACCGGUCCUACGGCCCGCCCGUCGACCUCUGGGCCGCCGGCGUCACGCUGGCCGAGUGCUUCGCCCGCCGCCCGCCGUUCGAGUCGCGCCCCGCCCACGAGGACGGCAACCAGCUCGGCCUGGUCCUGAGCAUCUUCCAGACGCUGGGCACCCCGACCCCCGAGACGUGGCCCGAGGCCGUCGGCUUCCGCACGCCGCCCUUUGAGAUGUAUCGCGUCUUCGAGGGCCGCGUCGCGACCGAGGGAUGGCAAGCCGUCGUGCCUGGUCUGCCUUCGGGCGAGGGAAGCUGGAUGGAGCUGGUGCAAGGAUUGCUUCGAUUUGAGAGUGCGCAGAGGGUCACGGCGGACGAGGCAUUGAAGUUCCCUUGUAUGAAAGAGGGGGGAGGAGAUAAGUCCGAAUAAGGCGAUGCUGAAUUGAAAGUGGACCCGAAAUUACACUGUUGACCAGCGUG